AACUAAUGGUGAAUUGCAAUAGGUCGCAGUGGCAGACCGCAUCUCAUGCCUUGCCACAAAAAAAAAAACUUCUAAUUUCUAAAAAUGGCAGUCCACGCCGAAAGCAGGGAUACAAAGGGAGGGAGAAUGCGCAGAGGCAGAGAUCGGAAAAGGAAGAGAGAGCUAAUCGCGUUCUCUCUUCUCUCUUCUUCUUCUUCCAAUUCAUUGCGCGUGAAGAAGAAAAGAGUAGAGGGGACGGCGGAUUAAUAAUCUUCGACAGUUCAACUUGGAAGCGACAAAAUGCAUAUGAUGCGGCGAAUCAAGGACAUCGCCUCCGGUCACCCUUCCGUCCCUGAUCCGGAUGUGAAGGUGGACAAGAAAACAACAUAUUUUGAUGAGGAAGGAGAGGAAGAUUUUACAGAAAAAUCAAUGGACACGAACAAAAUAGCUACUGUAGAUCAACAUAUGGCUCUGUCAGAUGAAAAUGUUGAUGGAAGAAGAACGCUGACAUCUGAAGUAAAAAAGGUUGAUCAACUACCCAAAAAAAUGCAUGAUAUGACAAUCAGAGAUGAUAAAGUUGAUAUAAUGGAUGAGAAGGAGCAAGAUAAUAUAAUGAUAAAUGGAAAUGGAACUAAUCCUGGUCAAGUAAUUACAACGACAAUAGGCGGCCGAGAUGGCAGGCCUAAAAAGUUGAUGUCAUAUAAAGCUGAGCGCAUUGUUGGAACAGGUUCAUUUGGUGUAGUUUUCCAGGCUAAAUGUUUAGAAACAGGAGAAGCAGUUGCAAUCAAGAAAGUUUUACAAGAUAAGAGAUACAAGAAUAGGGAACUACAAACUAUGCGCUUACUUGACCAUCCAAAUGUAGUCCAACUAAAACAUUAUUUCUUCUCAACGACUGACAAUGAUGAUCUCUACCUCAACCUCGUUCUCGAAUACAUCCCUGACGCUCUUUCUCGAACUUUGAAGUAUUAUAAUCGCAUGAACCAACAUAUGCCACUCAUUUAUGUAAAAUUGUAUACAUUCCAGAUUUUUCAUGCACUUUCUUACAUUCAUCAGGUUGUAAGGGUGUGCCAUCGGGAUAUCAAACCACAGAAUAUAUUGGUUAAUCCACACACACAUCAAGUAAAACUCUGUGAUUUUGGCAGUGCCAAGAUGUUGGUUCCAGGAGAGCCUAAUAUAUCUUACAUUUGUUCGCGAUACUAUAGAGCACCUGAACUCAUGUUUGGAGCUACAGAAUACACAACUGCUAUUGACAUGUGGUCAGCUGGUUGUGUGUUGGCAGAGCUUCUCAUAGGACAGCCUCUACUUCGAGGGGAAAGUGGUGUUGAUCAGCUCGUGGAAAUCAUUAAGGUUUUAGGUACUCCAACAAAUGAAGAAAUCAAGUGUAUGAACCCAAGUUAUUCAGAAUUCAAAUUUCCACACAUGAAAGGUCACCCUUGGCACAAGCUUUUCGCAAAGUCAGUACCAACUGAGGCAAUUGAUCUUGUGUCAAUGCUACUUCAAUACUCACCUUAUUUGCGUCCUACAGCUUUGGAGGCCUGCGCUCAUCCAUUCUUUGAUGAAUUAAGAGACUCUAACACAUGUUUGCCUGAUGGCAAACCUCUUCCUCCUUUGUUCAACUUCACAUCUAAGGAGCUUGAAAGUGCUUCUCCUGAACUAGUGGAACGUCUCCUACCUUGACGUUGAGCUUCAAUUAGGGACAAGAAGUUUAGGCAUACUUUGGUAGAUAACUUCUUUUUCCAGAUUUCCUGACGUGGUUAAUGGUUGGACUUCAAGGCGAACAAUUUUGGUGAAUUGACAAUGAUUUUAGUUGAAGCCAUCAGAGGUGCCAAAAGAUUGUGCGUGUAAAGUGCAAGAUUUCGCGGAGACUUUAAGUGGUGGAGCAAGCAAAAAAAAAAUUCCUUAAUCAGCAGUCAAUCUUGUGUUACAUCUGACAACACCGUGGAGCAUCUUACCGUUGACCAUUGUGUUGUACGUACGUAGCUUCGUUGUACAAUGCUAAUAUACAAGUCAAUUUUUUUUACAAAUUUGACUGUUCAUUGUAUUUGAUGAAUUAAAAGAUGCUUCUAUAGAAGCAAUUCAUGCUAUCUCAUUAUUCCAAAUAAAAAUGCUUAUCUCUUCCAUUUUUUUAU